AAUAACAUCAGCCUGAUAGGGGUGACCAAUGAGAGGGCGGUGGAGAUCUUAAGGACGGCCUCGGUCUCCAAUCACAUGUCCCUGCUGAUCGCCAGAGAUGAGGAAUCCAGGAGGGAGUUCGCUGAGCUGAUGGAGAAGUACAGCUCCAACCACAUCACGGCUUCAGGACGAAUCUCUCCCACACAGCUGUCCACAGGGAAGCUGACGGACACGGCCUCCUCCUCCUCCUCCUCCCGGUCAGAGAGCCCCCAGCUCCUCAGUCCUAAAGAGGGGGUCACGGCCUACACCCACACCGCCCCUUACCCCGCUAACCCCGCCUACGCCAUGCACACACCUGUGCACGCCUUCAGUGACAGUGUCAUUCAGUUGAUAUGUGUCGCCAAGGGAACAGGCCUGGGGCUCAUCAUCAAGGGCGGAGCCAACCGCCCCGAAGGACCAAUGGUGUUCAUUCAGGAAAUCGCGCCUGGAGGAGACUGCCAGAAGGACGGCAGGCUGCAGGUUGGGGACCAGCUGGUGUCCAUUAACAAAGAGUCGCUGAUCGGAGUGACAUACGAGGAGGCCAGGGGCAUCCUGACACGCACCAAACUCAGACCCGACCCGACCGUGGAGAUUGCCUUCAUCAGGCGGAGGUCGUCCUCCAGCUCCAGCAGCGGGCCCCACAGCCCCAUCUCCCUGCAGGGGUCUGGUGGUGGGGGUGGACCCCAGAUAAGGGGCCCGGUCCUGGGCACCGUGCCUCAGCAGCCGGCCGUGGUUACCAAGAUCACCUCCAGCCGAAACCCUGCCAGCGAGACUCUGCCAUCAGUCAACGUCACCCAGGUGCGAGUGUCUCCGAGCAGAGCAGAGCAGACACGUGUGUCCUCGCCUCCGGAGAGUCACAGCCUGCCUGAGACGAACCCCGAGUCUCCGAGCAGUCAGCCUCCUCAGAGGAAGAGCUCCCUCAGCGACAGCUGCCGCCUCAAGAUAGAAAGGUUGGAGCAGGCUCUGGAGCUGAUUGGCCUGAAGCCCUCCGACACUCAGCGGCAGACGCUCCGGUCCAGACUGCGAGCUGAUCCGGCUGGGACGGUGGCCUUCACAGACUUCGAGAGCCUGAUCAAGGAGCUGUUCAAGCCUCAGCUGGAGGAGCUGGGCGUCACGCAGCCCGGGUCUCGCUUCACGUCCGACGACCUGUUCAGCUUGCUGGAGUCGCCCAGCGACCCGAGGCCGUCACUGUCGGACUCAGAGGACCUGGAGGAGAUGGAGCGGCUCAGGAAGGAGCACAUCGAGGCUCUGAGGGAGAUCAAGAGGCUGCAGGAGCAGCUGGUCGAGUCUCAGAGAGUCCACCAUCAGAUGGAGGAGGAGCUCAGCAAGGUCAAACAGGAAGUGAAACACAGCGCGGAGGAGAGCCGAGCUCUGAGGACUCGAAUCCAGCUGGCUGAGGCAGCCCAGAAGCAGGCCAGAGGGAUGGAGAUGGACUACGAGGAGGUGAUCCACCUGCUGGAGGCUGAGAUCGCAGAGCUGAAGACUCAGAGGAUGGAGCACCAGGCACCAGCCAACAAGGAGGAGACGGACGAGCUGAAGAAGAGAGCGGCCGUCCUGGAGUGUCAGCUGCGGAAGAGCGAGGCGGCCAAAAAGGGUUUCGAGAUGUCAACGGGAAAACUGCUGAGCUUCGUGGAGAAUGUUCAGGAGUUCCUACUCGAAAGUCACAGCCCCCCAAAGAGCUACAGCUCCGGAGAUGUCAAAGUCGGGGCGUCGUCUCAAGGUCUCGCUGCCCGCUACAAGAAAAGCCCGUGGACGGCGGCCACACUCGCCCAGGAGGCGCAGGAGCUCACUCGGACUGUCAGAGCCAUCCUGGAUGUCGACUUGCUGAGCUUCUAGACGACCCGACUGUUGGAGAACAAAGUCGUCGAGAUGUCGGCCGGACUUCAGCAUCCAGCCGUGAUCCCCACCGAUCUCCCCAACACCUCCUCAGCUCCUGCUGAAGGACUCGCCAUGUCAGAACUCUGCAUGAAAGCAUCUGCACACAGAACAGCAGCUUUAUUCCAGCGUUUUAACCUGCGUUCGCUGCAGGACGGGUCAGGUGUUUCACCUGGAAACACGACAGGAGAGAGUUUGGUGCAGGUUAACUCACUCGAUGAAGGCGUCUGUGAAGCUGAGCGCCUACCUGAAUGUUUUCAUGUUUGGCCAUCGAUGAGAGAAACGGCACCAAAACCCGCAGCUCCACAUUCACAAUCAAUUGUUGUUAAUUGCCUGAAGAGAAAGUUUUCAUAUUGUUCAUAUUCGUAAUAGAACUCAGCUUUAUUUAAAUAUCAUUACUUUUCUUUGUCAAAGUGCUAAUUUAUGUUUGUAACCAUUUCCAGCCCUCAGUGUUAGCAUUAUCAGCUAAUUAGUGCUGAGGAACAUCCGAAUAAAAGCCCAGAAUUUCAAAAACCAACAUUUAAAGGUCGGCUCUGCGGCGCUUUUUCAGAUUCUUCACAAAAUUUUAACGCAUAAAAGAAACGUGAACGUUAAUAAACAGCCGAUGCAGGUUCAACGUGACGUCACAUUUUCAGGUGGACGAAUACGAAAAUCCACAGAAUUAAAAUGUAUAAUAAAUGUUUUUUUAAACAUAUAGAUGUUAAUAAUCACUGUAUGAUGAUGAUGAUGCAAAGUUCAUAUUGGUCUAUCCAUUAAAUACAGGCGGCAUGCAGACACACAGCAGCUUUGUUAUUGGUCAGUUAGACGUUAUUUCUUAUCUUUCCAUCAUUUCCUGUUAUAAUGGCACCAGAACUCACGAUUAACCUGGUGGGUGGAUAAAACAUUCAUGUAGUCCUUUGACUCCUGCCCUGCCUCUGUCUCAAUAAAUAUCUUCAUUUAACAAACAGUAUAAACAAUGUAAACUUACACAUUACAGUAUCAUAAGGUUGCCAUGUGCAGUAGCUGCCGCUCCGCCACGAGCGAGCUCACACAGCUUAGAUAACUUACUGUAGUUUCUGUCUCAUAGCUCAGUGUUUAGUGUCUGAGUGGCUGAACGCUCGUGUUUGUGCAGUAGAUUAGCCAGCGACGCAUCAUCGAACAGUACAGGAGGAGAAACCUGCACGCCGCCCCGCACGCGAACGCCAUGUCAGGAAGGACGAUGGUCGCGUUAAAACGGGAACUCUGGGAUUAAAGAGGCCUUCAGGGGCUUCGAUGGCGUUUGGAGGUUUUGCUGUUUGUGUUUUCGGAACAAGCUGCAGAUCCCGCGGCGUUCUCUGGGGAAAAGGAUCAGCCGCUCUCAACCGUACGGUCGUGACUUUUCUCUGAACAGCUGGGCUGCGACUGAGAUUUUUAAAAAGGAAUAAUUUUUCAUGUGAAAUUGUCUGAGACGUAAAGACUGACAGAAGUUUUAGAUUAAGGGUAAAAGAUGUUUAAAAAAUCCCACAUUAAAAUCUCUGAAAACGA